UAGAGGAGUCAGCAGGCAGCAGCCAUGAGGGGAGGCACUAGCAGCUCCAUCUACUACCUGCUCUGGGUGAGCGCCAUUAUUUGCUCGGCGGAGGACACGUGCCCAGAUGUGAAACUCAUUGGGGUCGGGGGAUCAGAGAAGAUGGCAAUUUUAAGGGGGUGUCCUGGGACCCCAGGUGCACCAGGACAUCCUGGAAUGGCAGGACCCACUGGACCAAAAGGAGAUCAAGGAGAUAAGGGCUCACCGGGAGCUCCUGGGAAGGCCGGACCUGCAGGAGUGAAAGGAGACAGAGGAGAUAACGGCUCACCGGGAGAUCUUGGGAUGACCGGACCUGCGGGAGUGAAAGGAGAUAAAGGAGAUCCAGGAGUUCCUGCCCAGGGAACCGCACAGAACUGCAAGCAACUUCUGGACCAAGGACAGAUCCUUACUGGCUGGUAUACAGUUUACCCACCAGGUGGCGCUCCUCUCACAGUGAUGUGCGACAUGGAAACUGAUGGAGGAGGAUGGCUGCUGUUCCAGAGGCGGCUGGAUGGUUCUGUGGAUAUGGAUAGGGACUGGAACACCUACAAGAAGGGAUUUGGACAUCAAGCGGGUGACUUCUGGUUGGGGAACGACAACAUUCACCGUCUCACGUCUUCAGGGACCUUCCAGCUGCGCUUCGAUCUCACCGAUUAUGAGGGAGACCACGUUUAUGCCUUGUACAGAAAUUUCCGUAUUGCAGGAGAGAAACAGAACUACACGUUGACUGACAUCAACUUUGUAGCAGGAAGUGCAGGUGACUCAUUUUCCAAGCACAAAAAUUUUCAAUUUUCCACCAAAGACCGAGACAAUGAUGCAGACAAAAGUAGCUGUGCUGAAUGGCAUAAGGGAGGCUGGUGGUAUGAAAAAUGUUAUUGGUCUAACCUGAAUGGCCUCUACCUGAAGGGCAAUAUCAGCACCAAGCAAGGUGGAAUUAAGUGGAACUCCGGCCGAGGGUCUAGUUACUCAUACAAACUUGCGGAAAUGAAAAUUCGACCACAAUCCUGAGAAUAGUUACAAAAAUGAAAUAAUAGCUAAAGGAUGAGACUUAUCCCACUACUCAGAUAUAAGAACGCUGCACCAUAAUACAAGGUCUAAAAAGCUUAUGAUUGUAUUUAGCAUAAUUAAAGUAAAUGUCUGCUUAUUAAUUUUCAUUAUAUUUCUGUCCUCAUUGUAAGUUUUAACCAGUGAAUUAAUUAAAGCAGUAAACACAGCA